UGCUGAGAGCAUGUAACAUUACAACGCUUCAGCAGAACAAAAUAACUACUACAGUAGAACUCCACGUUUUGACUUUGCCUAUCAAAAAUGCAUCUAAUGUAAUCGUAGCCAAAUGAGGUGUCUACAAUCAAAAGGAUUCUUUUCCCGCCGACGUGUGGGGGUACUACGCGUUUGUUUAUAGUGUCUUCCUCUCUAUACGCGAUCCCUUCUACUUUCAUUUUCUAUUUAUUGAGUGCCUACACUAGUUAACCUGUCACUUCCUUUACUAAGAUGGCGGCAAAGAUAGUCAACCACCUUAGUUCCCUUGCCAAUCCUUUAGUAAGGUGGCGUCUGUAAGCAAAAACUUGCCUCCUUCAGCAAUAUGGCGACCAGAUGGCUUCAAUUCCUUUUGGAUGAACGAGCGCAGUAGCUUGACAGCUCCGUGCUCAAUAUGUACGGAAGACAAGUCGGGCCCGAAGCUUAGUUAGUUGACACUUGACCUCGAGCAAGUCCGUAAGAAAACCGAGGGCUGAAAGAGUCACGAACACACGGGAAAGUGCCAUGCCCUGCAGGGGGAUACUCGGUGGUGACCAAGUGCAGUAACUGGAAAUUCGGCGAAAGGCAGCAGUACCCAAUGGACCCCAAAGACCUUUUAAAGCCCUCCAGUGGAUCACCGGCAGUGAGGGGCUCACCUCAUUACAAUGACAAGCCGGGGAAUGUGAUUGAAUUCUUUGGAAAUUAUAGGGGAGGAGUUAGUGUGAGCGUCUCUGCAUCUUGCCCAACCUCAACUGCUUCACAGUCAAACACUAGGCAGCAGCAGCAUUUUCAAAAACAGCUGACUGCGACUGGGGACUCAACUAAUGGAUUGAAUAAUAAUGUGCCUCAGCCAGAUUUAUCUAAAGCAGUCUCGCUCUCAAUGGGACUCUACAUGGGGGAGUCAGACACAAAAGUGAUGAGCAGUGAUAUCGCCUUUCCAUCCCAAGAGCAAAUUGGUAUCUCCACAGGAGAAACUGAUUUUAGUCUCUUGGAGGAGAGCAUUGCCAACUUGCAGGCUAAGUCAUUGGCCCCAGAUAAACUCAUAGAGAUCUCAGAGGAUCCUGGGGGUUUUAAAUGUGACAUAUCUGCCCAACCAAGGCCUUCCAUGGGUCAAGGGGGCAGCAAUGGGAGCAGCUCUACCAAUCUGUUCCCCAAAGACCAAUGCACCUUUGACCUACUACGGGACCUGGGUAUCUCCCCAGACUCACCCCUGGACGGUAAAUCAAAUCCUUGGCUAGACCCACUUUUUGACGAGCAGGAAGCAUUUAACCUGUUGUCCCCACUGGGCACCGGUGAUCCUUUUUUCAUGAAAUCUGAAGUACUGAGCGAGGGUAGCAAACCUCUCAGCCUCGAGGAUGGCACACAGAGACUCGGUGAUCAUGCCAAGGACAUGCUGUUGCCCAGUGCAGACCUGCCAAUUUCUCAAGUCAAGACAGAAAAGGAGGACUACAUUGAGCUAUGUACACCUGGCGUGGUGAAGCAGGAAAAAUUUGGUCCUGUGUAUUGUGUAGGCAAUUUUUCUGGAUCUGGCUUAUUUGGUAACAAAUCUUCAGCUAUUUCUGUCCAUGGCGUCAGCACUUCAGGUGGGCAGAUGUACCACUAUGACUUGAACACUGCCACCAUCUCGCAACAGGAUGUUAAGCCAGUCUUUAAUCUUGGCUCACCUGGGACUAGCAUUGCAGAAGGCUGGAAUAGGUGCCAUGGAUCUGGGAACGACACUGCCGCUUCUCCAGGGAAUGUCAAUUUUCCAAACAGAUCUGUUUUUUCAAAUGGCUAUUCAAGCCCCGGAAUAAGAUCUGAUGCAAGUCCUUCUCCAUCCACCUCUUCUACCAGCACGGGGCCUCCACCCAAGCUCUGUUUGGUGUGCUCUGACGAGGCUUCUGGGUGCCACUAUGGAGUACUGACUUGUGGCAGCUGUAAAGUUUUCUUUAAGAGAGCAGUUGAAGGUCAGCAUAACUAUCUUUGCGCUGGACGGAAUGACUGCAUUAUUGAUAAAAUAAGAAGGAAGAACUGCCCUGCUUGUCGCUACCGGAAAUGUCUUCAAGCUGGAAUGAAUCUAGAAGCUCGGAAGACAAAGAAGAAAAUCAAAGGAAUUCAGCAAUCUACUACAGCUACAGCACGGGAGUCUCCUGAAACUUCUAUGACGAGGACCUUGGUACCUGCUUCUGUGGCACAACUCACACCUACCCUGAUCUCAUUACUGGAGGUUAUUGAGCCAGAAGUGUUAUAUUCUGGAUACGACAGCUCCAUACCAGACACAACCAGGAGGCUUAUGUCGUCUCUCAACAUGCUUGGUGGGCGCCAAGUGGUGUCUGCUGUCAGAUGGGCAAAGGCAAUUCCAGGUUUCAGAAACUUGCACCUGGAUGACCAAAUGACCCUUCUUCAGUACUCAUGGAUGUUUUUGAUGGUGUUUGCACUUGGAUGGCGAUCUUACAAACAAACCAAUGGAAGUAUUCUGUAUUUUGCGCCAGAUCUCGUCAUUACUGAGGACAGGAUGCACCUACCCUUUAUGCAAGAGAGAUGUCAGGAGAUGUUGAAGAUUGCAGGUGAAAUGUCCAGUCUUCAAAUUUCAUAUGAUGAAUAUCUCUGCAUGAAAGUCUUGUUGCUCAUGUGCACAAUUCCAAAGGAAGGCCUGAAGAGCCACGCUCUGUUUGAGGAAAUUCGUAUGACAUACAUUAAAGAGCUGGGAAAAGCCAUAGUAAAGCGGGAAGGAAAUUCCAGUCAAAACUGGCAGCGCUUUUACCAACUGACAAAGCUAUUGGACUCUAUGCAUGAGGUGGCUGAGAAUCUACUGGCCUUUUGCUUCCUUUCCUUCCUGGAUAAAUCAAUGAGCAUCGAAUUUCCGGAUAUGUUGUCAGAAAUCAUCAGCAAUCAGAUACCAAAAUAUUCAUCUGGAAACCUCAAAAAACUGUUAUUUCAUCAAAAGUGACUGCCUUAAUGGAACAUAUAUAUAUAAAUAUAUCUAUUAGUAUAAAAAAAAAGUUGCCUUAAGGAAAGCUAAAGUAAAAAAAAUAUAUAUAUAUCGCUUUUAAUGUAUAAAAAAAGAAGAGAGCCUAAAGAAAUCAGCUGUUCUUAUUGUCCUUGCAACGGUGUUCCUUUUGUAAUUAUGCACUACAGUUCUUGUGGUUUACAGAGGGCCAAGUUUUAAACUACGGGAAAUUCCUCAUUUCAAGAGUGAGAUGGGCUGAAUAAGAGGGGGUUGAAUAAGAGUCUGCAUUGUGAACAUUCUGCUUGUAAUUCUUGCAUUAGGAUGGGUUUAUUUUGCUAGAUCUAUUUUUUUUUUUCUUUAAAGUGUUUUUUUUUAGGUGACAUUAAAGGGGAAUUAUUAUGACUUCGGUUUUUUUUUUUUAUGUUAUUUAUGAAGCAAAUCUAAAUCCCAACAUUCUUUUUAGCUCCCCCUAGAAAUGCAGCACAAUCCAACAAGGGGGCAUUAAUAUCUCUAAAACAAAUGUUUUUAUUGGUUGUAAUCGCAAAACGUCUUGGAUUUUCUUUAUAAAUGACAUAUUAAAAAUGAAAGAAAUCAGGGUUUCCCCCUUAGGAAAGGUUGAUUUAUGCAUGUAACCAGAGGAAAGUUUACAAGCGUCUAUCAGAAAAGGGAAGUUGUGCCUUUUUUUUUUUUAAGCUACUGUUUGGAUCUAGCAGUUUCCUCUCAAUGUUUUACCACCAACGGGCAAACUGGCUUCCUCCUAUUUUUAUUUUCCAUACGAUUUAGGAUUUCUUUUUGUUUUGGGGUUUUUUUUUGUUGUAAUUUUUAAAAACAACUGUUGUACAGAUAUGGCCUUAGGGGAAUAUGUUUCCAGACAGGGGCAGCUUUGAGCUUUCCUAACACCUUUAUAAAAUAGUCCGUAACAGAAAAACUAAAAUAGACAAAAAAAAAAAUAAAAAAAGUCAUAAACACUUUCUCAUCAACAGUCAGGUCGGCGGAGGACGGGAUUUCCUUUUUUCCUGCCUCCUCCUUCUCUUUCUUAGAGUCUUUAUAUGCCUCCUGUACAAUAUUCUUGCUUAGCUACUUGUCCAAAUGGAAGGCACAUGCCUACAAUGAUUAUUUGCUGCAUAUUAGUAUCCGCUACUGGUGCAGGUACCACACUAGUGCUUAAUCUCCUGUGCUUAGGUGUCUGAUAUCCAUCUAUGGUCUGAGGAUAGGCAAGCCUAUACUGACCCCGGGUCACUGACCCCUUCCAUCUUAACCAAGCAGAACCUGGCAACUACACAAGCCAGAGCCGUGCUUUCUUGUACCAGUUUCACGAGUGCCAUAAGAUGAAAUGCUAUUUUAGAAGCUGCUGUAGCCAUUGCAAUAGCCUACAGAAUGUAAAUGUCUUUUAUUAACAAAAGAAAAAGUAUUUAAAAAAAAACAAAAACUAUACAUAAUUGUUUUGCCAGCCAUUCACUUUAAAGGAUUUUUUAAUCAGAUUUUUUUAACUUUAUCAGGGUCACUACAAAGCCACUGUAAGCAGGGUUAUUAAGACAAAACAAAUAUAUAUAUAGAAAUCUAUACAGAGAGAUUUAUAUGAAAGUUCAUUUUCGUGAAAAAAAACCUUAUCAAACUGUGUUGCUAAACGAACCUAUUUAUAGUUUUCCACAAUGUAUGCCAUAUUGGUAUAAUUGGAACUGGGACAGAAAAAUGAAAGGGCUACUGCAGCUUGAGUGCGUAAUAACUGUCCGAUGCUUUAUAUUAUAUAUUAGACAUUAUAAUAAGGAAGGCUUCAGCACUUUUGAUUGGGUUGUUUUAUUCAAAUCUGUUGCAGAGCAAAAAAAAAAAAAAACCAUCAUUUGCAUUAGCGAUGCUGAAAUCCAUGCGAUGUUUCCAUGUGACACGUUGUAAAUUCGAACAUGCGACUAUCUGUUUUAUUGUGUAUUUUGUUAGACGUAACUGGACUGUAAGCAUUAUAGCAAUUUUUUAAAAUACGUUUGUGGGUUUUUUUUCCCCUUAUAUCCUAAGAAGGCAUCCUGAGAAAGUUCAGGCCAGUUUGGCUUAGGCCGGGAUUUGAACAGGAUUGAGCCAAAACCCAGGAAUCCGUCAUCCUAAAGAGUGAGGUGUAAUGUGUUCAUUCGUCCCUUUUUUUUUUCUCCUUUCUCCUCAAGGAGAAAAGCCUGUGUUUUAGCGGAUUUUUUUUUUUUUUGUUUAUUUUGAGAAAUUCUAUACUUUUUACAGCUUUUCAUAAACAGGAAUUGUUCAUAUAUUUUGUUUUGUUAAUGAUGGGAAAAAAAGCCUUUCAGAUUUGUAUCGUUUCUUGUGUAAUAACACAAAAAAUACAAAUAACAAAGCUUGUGGGGUUUUUAUGUUUUCUUCUUUCUGUAAAAAAACAAAACAAAAACAAAUGGACUUGUCAUUUUUAUAUUCGAGCCUUUUGCAAAGAGAAUGUUUGGCAUCGUCAUGUAGCUCCUAGGUCUCAUUGUGCCUUGAAGUGCCUCUGCAAUGGCAGCCAUCACCUGAUCAUCAACCAAAUCCCUGUCGUCUAGAUCUGAGGGCAAUCCGGAAAGCCGUGUAUUUGUACUUUAAGUAUUAAUACAAUAAACUAGAUAGAGAAACCUUUGUCCAUCACCAAUACACAUGUGCAGACUUUAUAGCUUAUAGAAUUAUAUCGCAAAGUUGUUUUGAAGCAGUUGCUGAAGUUUUCCCCCCCACCCUCAUUUUGCCGGUGAUAAAAAAAAAAACAUAACAUAAAAAAAGUUUAAUCAUAUUGUGGUUGUCAUUUACUAAAGUGUAGGGUGCUUUUUGAUCUUGGUUAUUACCCUUUAGGCUUCAGUAAAUCCCAAAUAUUUUUUUGUACAUUUUUGUAUAGUGAAUUCUCAUUUCUGUAUAUAGAUUCAAGCAUAGAGUAAGCUAAUCCCAGUCCUCAAGUGCCAACAAACUUCAUCCAUUACAUUUUGCACACAGGUAUAUUGCAUACAAAAGAGUAAAGCCAUGAAGUGAUCGUGUGUCAAGUACAGAAUUAAAUAAUAAAGCCAUGAAGUGAUCAUGUGUCAAGUACAGAAUUAAAUAAUAAAGCCAUGAAGGGAUAUUCCCUGUGUAGGAACAACAUGAUGUAUAAGUCAUGCUUGAGGACCACUGAUUUAAACACUUACUCUGUUUGGUUACCGUUCGCUCAUAGCACGAAUGUGGACUAAUGUCUAUUGCUGAUAUUCAUGUCCCUGUAGAACGUUGUUUUCUAAAAAGCUUUCCUUGCUGGUCAUUGUUGCCGGAUAUGUAUGAAACAUUUUUGGUCAUAAUGUCUGUAGGGCUUGCUAUUAUCUUUGCAACCUGAAAAUGUGAGCGUAUAAAAGGUUGAUCUGUGUAGUUCUAGUUGUGAAUAUACUGAUUACUUUCAAGGCCUUAAUGAGUUUUUUUUAUACUUGUUCAGGGCAACUGCCAGUGUAAAGACUAUUCUGAAUUGCUUCAUAUAACAAGCUCUAAACUACCAUAUAUUCUGUUCAACCGCAAGCUGAAAAAUCCAGAUUUAUUCUCAAACAAGACAACAUUUUUAUUUUAUGUUUUUUUUCUCUGUCCAGACCUAAUUCUACUUUUUUACUGGUUGUUUAUUAAGCCCACCCAAUAAAUUAAUUAGAGCAAUA